GGCGCCCCGCCACUGGGUGCGGUUGCUGCUCCCGGCGCGGAAUGGAGGGGCCGGCGGUGGCAGUUUGCGAGUUGCUGCUACAGGAAGCAUUUAUGGUGGUUUGGUCCUCAAGAAGUUCCUUAAAGAUAUGCAAUCCAUACUGCCUGGAUUCUUUGCAAACCUGAAUUGGACUUCAGAGGAGGCCAGCCAUUCUCAGGAUACAUCAGGGCUAAGACCCUUCCAGGUGAUUUUUGAGGCUGAUGUAAACCCCAGGACUUUGAUGACAGAUAGUCUGGUUAUAAAGAAUUUUUUACGCAAAAUCAUCUCUGUGCUCCCCAAGAUUAGAUUUAAUUUCAGUGUAAAGGUGAAUGGAAUCCUCUCCAUGGAGAUCUUUGGGGCAGAGAAUGAACCUACUUUGAACCUGUCGAAUGGAAUUGCUCUUCUCGUAAACUGUCAGCAUUACCUGAGUACACCAAAAUUUGACGCAACUGAAUUACCCUGCAGCAGAAUCCAUCCUGUGCUGGGACACCCAGUAAUGCUGUCCCUCCCUGACGAUGUGGUGGGAAUGGGCUUGUUGGGAGAGCUGACACUGACUCCAGCCGUGGCCCUGUGUCCUUGCCUGAAGGUCUUUUCCAACCAGCUGAAUAGGAUCUCUUCCGUUUCCAUAUUUCUGUAUGGACCUUCAGGUCUGCCUCUAAUGUUUCCAAAUUCAGAGCAGCCAACUACUGCUGUCUUCAAAGACACCUCUUAUUUCAUUGACGGGAAGAAGUGCCGCUUGUGUAUGGUGCCCAGUUUGGAUCUCAGUUUAGACAGAGGUUCGGUGCUUCCAGAUGUGAGUUAUCAGGUGGAAUCUGGUGAGGGAGAAGAACAGUCUCAGAAUAUGGAUCCUCAGGGACAAACUCUGCUGCUUUUUCUCUUUGUGGAUUUCCACAGAGGAUUUCCAGUCCAGAAAAUGGAACUCUGGGGAGUCCACACUUUUCUCUCAACUCAUCUCAGUGCCAUCCUCAGGGAGAGCCACAGCGUGGUGCAAGAUUGCAUCCAGGCCGCUGUGGACCGGGCCUUGGAGCAGCAUCACCAGGCUGUCAAGGCUCGUCAGAGACUACAGGCCUCACUGUCAGUGGCUGUGAGUUCCAUCAUGAGUAUUAUGACUGGAAGCACAAACAGCAGCUUCCGGAACACCUGCCUCCAGACGCUUCAGGCAGCUGACACACAGGAAUUUGGGACCAAACUGCAUAAAUCAUUUCAUGAGGUCACCCAGCACCGAUUUCUUUACCACUGCUCACAUGAGGUGAAGCAGCAGUUGCUUCCAGAGAAAAAUGAAGCAGAGCAGAACACAGAGGAGGCACAUGAGAACAGCAGCCUGGAGCUCCUUGCAGGGACCGGCGAGCAAACAGAAAACAAGAGGCUCAAGAGAGGCAGCCAAGGCGUGGAGGAGACGCGGGCCUUCCGCUCUGCUGGGGCCCUGAGCCCGUCAGAGGCCGCCUCGCGCCGCGCGGAGCCCACCGCCGCACUGCUGACCUCUAGCAGAAGCAGGACGGGCCCCGGGAGCGGCCUGGAGGGACCAUCCUGCAGUGAUAAAGCGGCGCUUCACCAGUGUCCUGGUGGUGUCAAGUCUCUCGCCCCUCUGCGUGCUACUCUGGAGGGAACUUACGGGCAUCCAGGCACAUCCCUGCUCACACUGAUGGGAUUCAGGCUGGAGGGCAUUUUCCCAGCAGCACUGCUGCCCCUGCUGCUGACCAUGAUCCUUUUCUUGGGCCCACUGAUGCAGCUUUCCAUGGAUUGCCCCUGUGACCUGGCAGAUGGCCUGAAGGUUGUCUUAGCCCCUCGCUCCUGGGCCCGCUGCCUCACAGACAUGCGUUGGCUGCGAAACCAAGUGAUCGCCCCCCUGACAGAGGAGCUGGUGUUCCGGGCCUGCAUGCUGCCCAUGUUAGCACCGUGCACGGGCCUGGGCCCUGCUGUGUUCACCUGCCCACUCUUCUUUGGAGUUGCCCAUUUUCACCACAUUUUUGAGCAGCUUCGUUUCCGCCAGAGCAGUGUGGGGAGCAUCUUUCUGUCUGCAGCGUUCCAGUUCUCCUACACAGCUGUCUUCGGUGCCUACACUGCUUUCCUCUUCAUCCGCACAGGACACCUGAUCGGGCCGGUUCUCUGCCACUCCUUCUGCAAUUACAUGGGCUUUCCUGCCGUGUGUGCAGCCCUGGAGCAUCCGCAGAGGCGGCCCCUGCUGGCAGGCUAUGCCCUAGGUGUGGGACUCUUCCUGCUUCUGCUCCAGCCCCUCACGGACCCUAAGCUCUACGGCAGCCUUCCCCUCUGUGUGCUUUUGGAGCGGGCUGGGGACUCAGAGGCUCCCCUGUGCUCCUGACCCAUGCUCCGUACACACUCCUAUGAACUCUCAUGGGCUUCCCAGCCCCUCCCCGUCAAGGGGUACUACAGGGGAGGAGCUGGCGGAGGCCCCGAGAACUCAGGAAUUUUUGUAGGGGAUUGAAGCCAGAGCUAGUUGAAUCCCAGGGACCAAGAGAAAGGAGCAGACAUCCCAGGAUGUGGCCGCUCCUGAAAGGGUCGAGGAGCAGCCGGGAGUGAGGGGACGCGGGGCCGGGCCCCGGAGCCGAGCACUCCUGCCUCACCUGGGACUGCUGCUUCCCUGAGCUGCUCUGUCCCCCCUGCCUCUGAAAAGCUGCUCGGGGGGGUGGAAUUUACAGAAACCCCCCAACUUCCCAGGGUUUUCUCAUUGUCUUUUUUGCAUCAGGACUUUGUAUUGGGAUAUUAAAGAGAUUUAACUUGGGUAA